AUUUUAUCUAUCAGAAUAAUUUCUAUAUAAUAAUUUAUAAAUAAAAAUUAAUUAUUACAAAUUUUGAUCUGAGCCAGCUUAACGUGUUUGUAUCAUGGCUGAACAAAAUAAAUCAAAAUCUUCGUAUUUUGGUAAGAAGAACUAUUCAAAAGAUAGAUUUAAACUUCAGCCUAAUAUGAAAGGUUUUUUAUGCACAUGCAAUUUCAAUGAAAAAGAUUGUCAAAAAGAGGCCAUUAAUUUGUUAAGAGAGUACAGUGAAGAAAAAGAGAUUGUUAAAGAAGAAGAAGUAACUGUUGAAAAUGAAGUUGAUAUUAUGGACUCUAUUGAAAAAGAACUCGGGUUGAUGACAAAAAAAGACAAUACUGACUGGAAUAAGUUUAGACCAUUUUCUACUGGUGUUACUAACUGUAUUUUCAUAGGAACUACUAAUUAUGAUCCAUGCAUUUUGAUGUACAAAAUACUUGAAGAUAUUGAAAAAAACAAAAUUCAAAAGACUAAAUUUCUUUUACGUAUGCUUCCUAUUACAAUGACUUGCAAAGCAAAUAUAACAUCUAUUAUUACAACUUGCUCAGAAAUAUUUCCAAAAUAUUUUACAAAAGAACCAACUACAUUUGCAAUUGCUUUCAAUCAUAGAUAUAACAACUCAGUGCCACGUAAUCAAAUUAUAGAAGCAUUAGCCAAUAAAGUUGCUGAAAUUGGAGAACAUAAAGUGGAUUUAUCUGGUGGAGCUAAGAUGACAAUAAUUGUUGAAGUAGUUAAAACUAUUUGUUGUUUAUCAGUUGUAAAGGAUUAUGGUCGCUUUUAUAAAUUUAAUCUACUCUCUGUCUGUGGUCAACCUGAAAAAAGAUCAGUUAAAGAUGAAAAUGAUUCUGCUGAUAUUCAACCAAAAGUCAUAAAAUAUAAUAAUUAAAACCUUUAUGAUAAGUCAGAAAAAUAAAUAGAGAAUAUUAUACAAUAAGUUAUUUUCAGUUUUAGAAUUCAUAAUUUACUAAAAUAAAUAUAUAAAAAAAGUUUUAUUA